CAUGCAAAGCUAUUUAUUUGUGUCCCUUCCCCAAUUUGCACUUGGCUAGGGUAGAUUGUGGGAAAAUACUGCAUUUUUACAAUGUAAUGAAAUAUAUUGUAAUAGCACUGUGCAUGUUCCCACAAGACAUUGUAGUUGCACACGCUACAAAGGGUGUGAGACAAGUGGGAGACAGCACCAAUAAGCACCAAUAACCUAUCUGUCUCCCUGCCUAUGUUGAAACAGCAGGCCCAGGGAGGAGGAAGACCGAGUGAAGGCACACAGUAUUUUUUCUUUACAUGUUUUCACCUACACACUUUUAUUACCCUCAGGUCCAGUGGUCCCAAACACCACAUAUGUAAUAUACACUACCAGUCAAAGGUUUGGACACACCUACUCAUUCCAGGGCUUCUUUUUUUGUGCUAUUUUCUACAUUGUAAUAAUAGUGAAGACAUUAAAACGAUGAAAUAACACACAAAAGUGUUAAACAAUUCAAAACAGAUUUUAUAUUUGAGAUUCUUCAAAGUAGCCACCCUUUGCCCUGACGACAGCUUAGUAGACAUUGAAAAUGGGUCCCACAGACCCGAGCGAUACUGAGAUAAACAUGGGCUGCAUUGGACCUUUAAGGAAAAACUAUCGGUCUGUGAAGCAAAAUAUUACACAGUGCACUCCGCUUAUAAGAACGAUUUAAGACUCCAACGAUUUAAGACUCCGUAGGACAGAAACAUUCUGAUUCAAUGUACAGGUAUUGGAUCUUAAUUUGAACCAGUUUGCUACAGCAGGAAAAUGAUCAAAUACACUAUGUUUUACAUUUCUUGCAAUGCAGGAAAGUUCUCCUGCAACAGGAUCCUACAUCUGUACGUCUCUUGUAAGGAUCAAUCAGUUAAAUGAAUAAGUGCACUGUGUUUGCAACAGGUGAAGGUGAAUAUCAGGUAGACUGGGUGAGAGUGACAUAAUAGUGUAACAUGACCAAUGUGUAACUUGUGUGCGUCUAUAGGAGAUCAAGUCAAGAGAAACAAGAUGAACCUGCUCACCCAGCAAAUGGUGAUGCUUUGGCUCUCUGUUGCUCGCACACUCACAACAACAGAGCUGGUGAAGCUAAGCACUGUUGACUCUGUCAUUGUGCCAUGUCACCAGCGUGUAACCCUCCGAUGUGACAUCACCACCUUCCAGGAGGGGCUGUCGAUCAAACAUCUGGCCUGGGUCCGCCAGGACGGCAAGCACCUGUGUGAUGUUAACGGAACUGGAGUGACCGGGACCCACUCAGGGAGCACACCUAGUACCAUGGAGUGUAGUUAUACCCCACAGACACAGCUGACCCUGACUCUGCUGCAGGUACAGCCACUGGAGCGGGGAAAGUACUUGUGCAAGCUACGCUCCAAUCAAGGAGUAAAGGAGGCCACUACAACGGUGGAGCUGCAAGAGUGCUACAGGAAGGCCCAGCCCAGUGUCAGUGAUGAGGGCCCAACCUGCACCUUCACUGGGGUCUACCCUGAUGGAGAGGUGCACUGGUUCCAGGGACCCAACAACGUGACUGGGGACUCUACAAUCAACACUAAACAAGUGGAAGAUGGAGCGUCAUUGACUAUAACUAGUUCCCUGAAAAGAAAGACCGUCUCUGGGGAAGGGGCCUACAACUGCUCCCUGUGGAUCCCCAGUACCGGAGCCUACCUGACCAGCAGCUUAGUGGUACCAGAGCAUAGUAAAGCCAAGGUUGUGCAGCCCAAUGCCAGUGGGGCAGGGUCCAUUGGUCCUUUGUGGAAACCUUUUCUAUUCCUCCUGAGUACGCUCUUCCUGGUGUGAUGUCUGGAAAACAAACAUUGACAAGCAAGUGGAUCAUUUAAUAAGAAUAUGGAAGAGCCAUUGUGUGAGGUUCCUUUCAUGGUCCAAAGGUUUCCUUGGCUGCGUAGAACAAGGAAAUGAUAACCUGAGGCUGGUAACCUGGUGCAAAUCAACCUAUUGUGAACGCACCCUUGUUGGUCUGCCAGUGCCAGAUGUUAAUUAGAUUGUUAAUUAAAAACAGCAAACGGCAGUAGAAACAAUAACAAAGCUUACUUCCUUCCCGUUUCGGUGAAAAGCUGAGGGAUGGGGCUGGAGAAAUGUAACCACUCUCAAAUUCAUAGACAGUGCUUUGGAUGCAUGGCCUGACCAUCGAUGAUAUCAAAAUAAUUAGUUUUAACAAUGUUUUGAGGCUAUAUAGUGUUUUAUUAAAUUGGAGUUAAACAAGCUUCUGAUGGGGUAAGACAGUUGCACUAAGCUCAUGAGGCAUUUAUAAGUUAUAUUCUUCAAGAAUGAAUGUGUACAUAUAUAACAUUUUUAAAAUGAUGUAACAACUACUGAUUGCCCCUUUAAGGGCGUGACCUUUUGUAGAAAAGCAUUCCUGUUUGCGUUAAUCAGAGAGAUCCCCUUACUGUUCCGCGUGCUUUGGGCGGACAGGAGCGGUGGUUUAAUUGGGUUGAUUUUCUACGUUUGAUUGAAUGUGAGUUGUGCGAGAAACUUAUUGUUAGUAAUGAUGUCUGUGAGGUGAUAUUCCUGCUUAGGAUGGAUGUAAAUAAAUGGCUGCGUCCUGA